GACCUCAGACUAAAAAAUUUGAAAAUAACAACAGAAUAAAUAAAAAAAUAGGAAUAUUUAUCACCAUCUGGUAACUGCUAUCUGAUCGGAUUAAUGGGAACGUUCAAUGAAACAGCAGAAGACCUGAUGGACAUACUGGGAGAUAAGGCAGAUGGAAAAUGUCAGGUUGGGAUGCACGAUAUGAUGGGUAGGGUCACACUGGACGUCAUAGCCAAGGCUGCUUUUGGGAUGGAGCUGAACUCCCUUCACGAUGAUCAGACACCAUUCACCAAAGCCAUCACAACUGUAAUGAGAGGAAUGGUUGAGACACGGAAUCCUUUAGUGCAGUAUAUGCCAGGAAAGCAGGCUUUUAUCAGAGAAGUCAAAGAGAGUGUCAAACUCCUCAGGGAAACCGGACGAGAAUGUAUUUUACAAAGAAGGAAGGCGAUUCAGGAUGGAGAAGACAUUCCUAUGGAUAUCCUCACACAGAUCCUUAAAGGAGCCGAGAUAGAAGAUGGCUGCAGUCUAGAGAAUUUAAUAGAUAAUUUUGUCACAUUCUUUGUUGCAGGUCAAGAAACAACGGCCAACCAGUUAUCCUUCGCUGUGAUGGAAUUAGCACGAAACCCGGAGAUCCUGACAAGAGUCCAGACUGAAGUGGAUGAAGUUCUUGGCUCCAAAAGAGACAUUGAAUAUGAAGAUCUUGGAAAACUACAGUAUCUGUCCCAGGUCUUAAAGGAAACCUUAAGGUUGUACCCAAUAGCCCCUGGGACAUCAAGAGUCCUAGAGAAGGAAAUGGUCAUCGAAGGGGUGAGGAUUCCUCCUGGAACAACUCUUAUGUUAAAUACUUACAUCAUGGGUCGGAUGGAGAAAUAUUAUCAAGAUCCCUUGGUCUUCAAUCCUGACAGAUUUCACCCUGAUGCUCCUAAGCCUAGCUAUGCCUACUUUCCAUUUUCUCUUGGACCACGAUCAUGUAUUGGGCAAGUAUUUGCUCAGAUGGAGGCAAAGGUUGUCAUGGCCAAGCUCCUGCAAAGAUUUGAGUUUGAGCUGGUGGAAGGACAGAGCUUCAGGAUCUUGGACACUGGGACCCUGCGCCCUAUGGAUGGUGUGAUCUGCAGACUGAGACCCCGAGCAGAGCACAAAUCCAGAAAAUAAAAAUAAAAAUGAAGACAUCAGAAGUCAGACAUUAGAUUUGUUCUUUAUUAUAUGACCGCUCUAAAUAUGGAGCAAAGGAUCACCGCCUGGAAAAAAAUAUAUAGUUUUUAACUUUUGAGCCUAUAAAAGUGUAUUACGACUUUAUAUGAGUAAAAACCCAAUCAGCAAGUUGUUCAUAUUGUAUAGAUUCCAAGGUCUAAAGAAAUACUGAAUGUAGGUAUGGUAAUGAUAGAGAUGUGAAUAUCAUUCUAUAUUUUGUAUCUUUAGGACUGUGUAACUAGAUGAUUUUUUUUAAGUAGCUGCUUUAACCUGCUUGUUCCUUAUUUCAAGCGCUUCCCCUCCUCCCUUUGCUUCAGUCUGCCUGUUUAAACAAUGAUGAAGAUGUGUCAAUAUGAUGUAUGGACUGUAUAACAAUGCUUAAGCCAAUUACGUAGUUAGAUGAUACCCAUGUAAACUUAUUGCCUAUAAGAGAGCACCUACUUUUUUUUUUUUUUGUCUAACCAGACUGUCUGUUACUCUGUAAUUCCUCUAGCACCAUUCU